AGUAUGAUACUUUGUAAAAGGUUGGGUGCUUUUCAAAACCACAAGACUUCUCUCCGCAAUUCUCAAAGCACCCGGUGAGGACGCAGCAGCAACUGGGCUGUCACUUUCUCACUUCCCAGUUAAACAGCGUCGCAUCUGGUCCUCGCACAGAGUUGUGCCACUGGAAACGGGGUAUUACAGGAAUCAAUGUUUAUGAAAACUGUUUUGCAGAACAUGCAAUUUGCCUUGAUUAGUUUGGAGAAGCUGCAACAUGCAAUUGGUAUUACAAAACUGUAUUCCUAGUGAGGCAUGCUUUAUUUCUAACAGAGUGUAGAAGAGUUUACAGUUGUCCUUAUUAUGACCAGAGCAGGCUAUUCCCACCUCCCCACACAAACAGUAACACAUGCACAUCCUCAUGCACACAAGCACACACCGGCUUGAUCGAUGCAUUGUGCCACAAGAGAGCUGUGUGUGAUGGGUAGCUAGCAGGGGGAUGGGUCAGUGUGCUGCUGCUGCUGCUGCUGCUGCUGCCUUCUGUCUUUCUGUGUUUUCUCAUCUUCUCUCAAGCACUGACAGCAGCAGCAGCCCACUGUUGCUGCAGUCUGUGGAGAAUAUCCAUCUAACUUAGAGAUUAGAGAAGCAGUCGUCAUCCUUGUCUGUUUAAACCUAGUGGAUUUUUCACUAUUACGUGGUGUACAGCCUCACUGUCUCUGAUCCUCUUCCAGCGGUCAGCAGCAAAGAGUUGCCCUGAAGAGGAAAAGGUGCUUGGCUUUCUGGAUAAGCGAUGGAUGUGGACCACGGAUUCUAUCGCCAGGUGGAUGUCCACGACCAUGCACACUACAUAGUGGCCUUUUUUGUCCUGGUAAUUGGAACAGUGGGAGUUACUGGGAACGCCUUGGUCAUGUACGCCUUUUUCUGUAACAAAAAACUACGGACGCCCCCCAACUUUUUCAUCAUGAACUUGGCAGUCAGUGACUUCCUCAUGGCAAUUACACAGUCACCCAUCUUCUUUGUGAACUCCCUCUAUAAGGGUUGGAUUUUUGGUGAAACAGGCUGUAAAAUAUAUGCAUUCUGUGGGGCUUUAUUUGGAAUCACAUCGAUGAUAAACCUUCUGGCUAUCUCGGUAGACCGCUAUAUUGUUAUUACCAAGCCUCUGCAGGCCAUACGAUGGACCUCCACGAGACGCACUUGCCUCAUUAUAGCCUUGGUCUGGAUGUAUUCACUGGCCUGGAGCCUCGCACCACUUUUGGGCUGGAGUUCGUACAUACCAGAGGGACUGAUGACGUCAUGCACAUGGGACUACGUGACAUCUACUCUGGCCAAUAAAAGUUACACUUUGAUGUUGUGCUGCUUCGUGUUCUUCAUCCCCCUGGGCAUUAUAUCCUAUUGUUAUCUGUGCAUGUUCCUGGCAAUUCGCCAGGCAAGCAGGGAUGUGGAGAAGUUGGGUUCUCAGGUGAGGAAGUCAGCCCUGAUCCAGCAGCAGUCCAUCAAGACUGAAUGGAAGCUGGCAAAGAUCGCCUUUGUGGUCAUCAUAGUGUUUGUGCUUUCCUGGUCGCCCUAUGCAUGUGUCACCCUCAUCGCCUGGGCUGGAUAUGGAAGCGUUCUCAAUCCCUAUUCCAAAGCUGUCCCCGCUGUUAUAGCCAAGGCAUCGGCCAUCUACAACCCUUUUAUCUACGCCAUCAUUCACUCCAAAUACAGGGACACCCUUGCAGAGAAGGUCCCAUGUCUACAUUUCCUUGCCCAGCCCCCCAGGAGGGACUGCAUAUCAGUGUCACACAGCGAGUCCUCCCUCAGGGACUCAGUGCUGAGCAGACAGUCAUCCGUCUCCAAAACCAAGUUCCACAGAGUCUCCUCCAUGUCUACAACAGACACACAGGUUUGGAGUGAUGUGGAGCUGGACCCUAUUGACCAGAGUAUGAGGUCCAGCUAUUCCCUUACAGCUCUGGGGGACAAAGAGUGCCCAUCAGUGACUAAACAGACCAAGGAAAUGAGAAACCAAAGCCAGGAACAGGCUGCCUUCCCAGAGCAAGGUUCACUGAACAGAUGUGACCACAAUAUAUGGCCUGAGUCUCUCAACAAAAUAAUACCCCUGGCCUGGCAGAGGAAAGGGGAGGAUAAUCUUGAGAGCUGGAAUAAAGAGAAGAAACAGGAAGGUGAGGAAGAGUCUGAACAUGAAAAACCAGAGGCACAGCAAGUGCAAAACAAGAAGAAUGUGAGCAAGGCACAGGUCCUCAUCCAGCCAGACUCUCUGGACAGUAUUGUAUGUGUGCAUUCCCCUGCCAUCGUCAGACCCAACUCAAAGGAAGGCCUGCUGGAACAUGGCUAUUGUGAGGAAAAACAAAGUACACAAUGCAGACACAGAGAACUGUUGCUCGAUCUGCAGCCCCUGGACUCUUCUGCUGAAAUAUUUGAGCCUGUGCAAUGAUUUCUCUCCCCAAAACCAUCGAGCUCAAUGUUAAAUUAUUGUCUAUGAGGCUAGGUGUUACUGUGACCAAGCAGAGAGAACAAAUACAUUUUUCAUCCUCGGAUGCUCGUUUAAUCUCCUUCAGCAGGUGUUUAAGUUGAUCAAAAUGUGUAUUUGUGCAAUCAUGUACACAGUCCACUAAUAAUUGUGACACAAAACUCCACUAGUUAGCUGCAAUACAUGUAAUAUAUAACAUGUGGUCACCUUAUUUUGUUGAGAGUCCUGCAAUGGUAUCAACACAGUCACACUGAAACCAAGAAAAGAUGUAUAAAUGGACCUGAAACUUCAAGUGACGUUGAGACGAGCCACGUUCAAAAUAUUAUAUUCUUGAAGAUCAUGAAUAAGCAGAUUUAUUAUCGGCUUGAGGUAAAGACUCCAAAGAUCAUCUGUUUUUGGUGUGUUUGUUAUUUUUUUUUUGUGUAGAAAGCUAACUUUGUUUACUUUUUGACAAAGGCAAACUAUCAGCCUUGUUCAUUUAAAUGAACAAUGCAAAAAUAUGGUCACUGCUGUUUAUGUAAAUGCCCUGUCUAUAAUGCACUAUUGACAUGUUUCUUAGGUUUAUAAUGGGUCUGAGUGAUUGUAUAACUGAAGAUAAUAUAUUUCUGACACUAGAUAACAACAUUUGUCAUAUAUUUUAUAAUUUUCUGUUGUUACGUGCCGCAGCGACUUCAGGCACUUUGGUAAUUAUCUGUUACACCAUCUGAAGACUGGAAAGGUCUUUGUCAGGUCAAAACACUUUUGUACAACUCAAGACUUUCAUUUACUGCAGCGAUUUCGGGAACAAUGUUUUACAUUUUUGAUAGAAACCAUUUUGUUAAUUAAAGUGUGUCAACAUGAUGUAUUUCACCUACCAAACUUCUCAAGUCCUGAAGAUACUCAACACUCUGAUGUAUAUCACCACUGCUAUGCUACAUGCUAGUAGCAGAAUUAGGAAUUUUAAUUUUGUUCUCAGGGACACCCUAACUGCCACAACAGCAAUCACUGACAUUUUUCAUAUUUUCCUUUCUUAAAUAUUAAUGAGUAUGUAUAUUUGCUGUGGGAAAUAAAGGUUUCAUAUGCUUCUC